UCAUGGUGAAUAUAAAAAUGGCAUAAAGGUUGGUAGAUGGGAUACAAUUUGGAUUUGGAAAAAGAGGAUUGAAAAUAUGUAAUUAUAAAUACUAUUGUUUUUUUUCAAAAAGCGGGGGGGGAUUAUAUAAAAUUGAUGAUUUUAACAACUCAGUAAAGAUUGGGAAGUGGAUAGAGAUAAUUGCUAAUUUUGGAUAGUAAUAAAUUAUGUAGAUUACUAGGUAUAGAUAAUUGACAUAUAAUGGAGAAUAUUAAAAUGAUAAAAAAGUUGGUA